CCUUCUCCCUCACUCUCUCUUUUGUUUCCUCUCUUAACUUCUCUUCUCACACCACUUACUUUCUCUCUCCUCUCCAUGUCUUCUUCACGUCAAACGUAGAAUAUCUUUUUCUUUUUCCCCUUUUUUAAUCUUAACCCAAUUUUUACUCUCGCAAAGUGGUGUAUUUGAGGAAGUUUGAUUUGGGAAAUGAACAAAGGACAGUCACCGGAGCCUCUUGAUUUCUUCAUCUGGACUGUUGAGGAUGUUGGCUUGUGGCUGGAGACUAUAAAUCUUGGUAGUUACAGCCAAAUUUUUAAAGAAAAUGGUGUUAAUGGAGAAUACCUGGAAGGCAUGUCCAUGUUUACGACUGAACAGAUCCUACGUUUUAUAAGACGUUGCCACAUGAAGUGGGGAGACUUCAUCACAUUAUGCAAGGAAUUAAGACGGAUUAAAGUGGCUUGUCUGAAAGGGGAGCAGAAGGUGCGGCGGCCAUGGUGGGCACCGGCUUGCCUAUCUACAGUGUUCUUAAAGGUUGCAAAAUCCAACAGACAAUCAAGAGUUGUUUCCUUGAAGCUGGAACCAUGAUAAUACAAUAAGUUAAACCUCUGCAUAUGUGUACCAGUGUACGUAUAGCAAAUUUCUUUUUGCCUAGAAAACAAAAGAUAGGAAAGAACUUUUUCUAGCCCCCUUUUUUAUUUUAUUUUAUUUUUCUUUUGAUUCCAAAACCUGGUUGUUUCUUCUCCUCUGGAGAACUGAACUGUUAUGCAGUUGAAGGUCCUUGUGCACUAAUUUCCGGUGCUGUGUAAUUAUGUAUUCUCUUAUAUGUGAACGAAAAUACGAUAUAUGUCGUUUCUCUUCAGGUUCCAAACC